AGAGCUCUGAGUUUUCUCAAGCAUUCAAAUCAAGGAAUCCAUCCCCAAGCAUUUUAAUUUCAUCAAUCAAAUAUUCCUUUGGUGAGAAACCAUCAUGGCCAGCUCGACCUCCGUCUUCCGUAAGCUUACUUGCGUGCUGCUCAUCUGCAUGAUGGCAUGUGCACCACUUGCUCAGGCCGCCGUAUCAUGUGGUACCGUUCAAAGCAGCCUGAUUCCUUGCUUACCCUACGUUAGGAAUAACGGUGCUGGGGCUGUCCCUCCAGCCUGCUGCCAAGGGAUUGCUUCCGUCAACAAUGGUGCCAAGACCACACCCGACCGCCAGGCUGUUUGUGAGUGCUUGAAAAAACUUUCUUCUCUCGUCUCCGGUGCCAACCCUGCAAUUAUAGCUGGCCUCCCCGGCAAGUGCAAGGUUAACGUUCCUUACAAGAUCAGCACCUCCACCAACUGCAAAACCGUCAAAUGAGCAAUUGACGGAGAAGCAAAUGGUCAGCCACGGGAUGUAGUAGUUGGCAUGAGAAAUAAAAUGGGUGUUAGGCCCACACGUACGUGACUCCUCACGUGGGAGUCAUUUAUGUCUCCUCGCUUUUGCAUACUUGUAUUUCAUCAUGGACUGGCCACUUUAAUGCAAUAAAUAUCCUUAAAGUUA